AUGCCGCUCCUCUGUAAUCAUCUUCAGUCGAAGCAUGGGAAUGAAGUUCCCACUAAUGGAGCAGUUCCAGGUGAGCCGGUGAAGAAGGAUGAAAACUCCCGGAGAGGGAACUGGGGGAACCAGAUUGAGUUUGUCCUCACCAGCGUGGGCUACGCGGUGGGCCUGGGCAACGUCUGGAGGUUUCCCUACCUCUGCUACAGAAAUGGAGGAGGUGCCUUCAUGUUACCCUACUUCAUCAUGCUGGUGUUCUGUGGAAUCCCUCUUUUCUUCCUGGAGCUGUCCUUUGGUCAGUUCGCCAGCCAGGGGUGUCUGGGAGUAUGGAAGAUCAGCCCCGUGUUCAAAGUUUCAUCAGAGUGA